UUAUAAACUAAGUGGGCUUUCUGUGCGGAAGGAAGAAAGCAAGCAAAGAGAGGAGCACGGUGCACCGGGGAUUAAAUAUGGCACUGCUACCAUCGGUUCAAGAUCACCUGCUGCACCAUUUGCCGGAAUACCUACUUCUGACAGCAUCACUGUCUAGUUUUGUGGUUUUGAUAUUGGGGUGGAGGAGAGCUCGGGGGGAUGGUGCGCCUAUUCGACCUUCUCCCGUUGAGAAGGGACCAGCGAGGGAGCCUGGUGUCUGGAUACCACUAGACUUCGAGUCUCCCACCCCACCGCCGUACCCAGACUGGAACAUCAGCACGACAAAACCGCUCCCAUACCGCCCCUUCCGCUAUGGUCCAAAAUACAGCAUAACGAUGGGCCUCCGCAAAAUGCCCUUCGAGGAAUGGAUUGAACUCGACAACCAAUUCCCGGCCUACCACUCCAUCAAGGUCUCCCGGAUCCUCUCUCGUGGUGCGAGAGCCAGCACCACAAACCCAGUAGCCUACGACGCUGCCGUGGAACUCCUCGAGCACCUCGUCGACUACCUCCCCGCGCGCUAUCCCUCCCUCUACACCCGCACGGGGGCCGGCAUGCACAACGCUUACACUGGCGAAACUUUCGACAUCACUGCAACACCCCUUCGCGAAGACCCCGUGCAGAUGGCGGCUAGGAUGGUGCAGGACGAUCUCGUCAUUAUGAUAGAGGGAAAGGACGGGCAGUACUAUUUGCAGGCAGGGAGUAUUCUCCUGGCGGGGUUUUGGCGGCUGGAGGAUAAAUUGGGGAUGCCGUUGGAUGAGAUACACACUACUGGGGAUGUGCCAGGGUAUAGGGAGAAGUUGGCCAAGGGGAUGAACAAUUUUUUCGCGAGAGUUAUGCCGGGAGGGCCGGUUAUCAGGAAUAAUUAUUUCAUGCAAGCAGACGACUGCCUUGCCUGGUCUCACAGCAUCGGUUCUGAAGACGGUGGACAGAUCGGGUGGUACACGAGUGAAGCCAACAAGGGUAUUGAGCAUUACCAUUUCAGGUCCGAAAGGCAGACAUUGAGGAGGUUACCGAAGAGUGGGGGGGUGGUAUUCACGAUACGUACAUACUUCCUUCCUAUUACUGAAAUGGCCAAGGAACCGUACGCCCCUGGCCGAUUGGCUUCCGCAAUACGCAGCUGGGGUGACGACGUCGCGAAGUAUAAAGGUCGGGAGCGCUGGCAGGGCGUACUCCUGGCCUACCUGGAUAAGGAGCAUGAACGGCAGAUGGCCGAGGGACUAGAGCCUGAGAAGGAGGAAUAUGUAUAUCCUUACUAACCCCUCCCCUUUCUCUCCCUCCAUACCGUAUAAUAUAACUGCCCCAUAUCGUACUCCUGGUGAGCUUAAUGAACACUCCCAAAACGCUUGUAAACCUGGGAUAUCAGCAGAGCAAGCGGAUUUAUCCAAGAACUGAGAGCAUAGAUCUGCCUGCGGUGUCCUAGUUGCUCAAAUGUCUGAUGCUUUUUGAGAGGUGGUGAGCCCCGCUGUCAAAGUCACUCUUUUUGGCUGUUUUGGUUGCAUCGUCAUGUGUGUUCAGAUUCUUAAUCUCGCGGGGGCUGUUCUGGGGCAAGCAUAGAGUCGGUCGCAAUUCCGAAAUGACCAGGGACUUUUAUGGCGGAAACUAUCAUGAAAUCCGAGUGAAAUCUGAUGAUCACAAUUGGUGAAGAGCAAGGGUCGGGGGUGCUCGGUACCUCCUCCUGCUGCUCGGUGUUGCUCCCCUGCAAGCAGGCCCAGGGACCUGCAGUAUCAGUAUCACCAAUAUACUUUUACAGCUGUAUUGUGAUACUUGGAUUUGUAAUUUAGCACCUAUCCAACUGAUUGAAGGGGUUGUUAUUGUGCCCUUGGGUGGGUUGGCGGUCGCGGUGGUGAUGCACCCCAGUUACCUUUGCACCCAAGUACUCGUACAGUACUCGUACAUAAUCCCGUCCAGUUCAAUUUAAUUCGGGAACCCAAUGUUUGUUUGUUCCUAU